AUGUUCUUUGCCGUUCUCGUCUCAUCUUCUUGGCUUGCAUCAUCAGACCUUCGAUGGCUGCUUCCGAUGCAAGCGUACGUGCGUUAUAAGUACAGAUCACCAUCCCAGUCCUUUUCCGUUUCGGUAGCCUACAUGACUCCUGCAACCCCGUCCCACCUGGCGCUACCGUACCAGGCUUUCCUCCGGAAUCAGGAGACUCUUUUCUAUUACUGUGUUUUGCGCAAAAUUUUAAAACCCAUGGGCAGGUUGCAAGCCUCUAGACCUUCGGGAGGAGUUUCUGGGAGAAUUUCCCUGAAACUUCUCCCAAAGUGGACAUGUGGAGCUUAUUUGUUGGAGACGACUCCAAACCGUCUCCCUUGCACCUCCCAGUCACUUGAUUGCAGGCUUUUGGUCGGAGCGACGUGCGGGAUACAAGGAGGUCAUGAGUCAGUCCUGGCUCAGCGGAAACAGGGAGUCCAUCUCCUGAAUCCACUUGCGUCUCUGGGCAAGCACAAGGUCGCUUUUGGUCCGCGAUUAGCCCCCCAUCCGCCACCCGGGGACGCACCACGUAGCCUCGCGACUGACCGGCUGUGA